AUGCCUAAACGAAAGAAAAGAACACAGUCUACUGAGAGUGACUCUUCACUAAGUAGUGAUCACUCUCGCCACCGCAGGCAUACAAAGAGUGGCAAGAGUAGCAAGAGUAACAGGCGCCACCGAUCAAGGCACCGUAGUCGUAGCGGUGCCAGGCGUUUAAGGCAUCAUGGUCGCGAUGAAACGAGACGGCCGCGACGCUCGCGGAGUGUAAGGUCCUAUACUCCUGUCAUGCCCCAGGCAUCCACGGGCGUGGCGCAUACGGCUCAUAUGGCGCAGACUGCUGCUUCACCAGGCGUGACUCCAGUUGCUACAGACCUCACAGGUGAAUCAAGACUAAGGGAAGUUCUUAACCUAUUAAAGGAAAAUGGUUUAACUUUGAAGCUAAGUAAAUGCCACUUUUUCUACGAUAAAAUUGAUUACCUUGGGUAUGAGGUUAGUUCUUCUAGUAUACGACCAGGUACUCCCAAGACUGAAGCCGUAGAAAAGUUCCCUACUCCGCGUAAUAUUCACGAGGUUCGAAGAUACUCCAAUCACAAGAAAGGG